UGAAGAGCGCACGGUCGCGCUUCCGGGCUGGUGAGCGUGCAUCCUGCUACAGUUGCAGUUAACAUAUCCCAGUUUUAGGAUAGGAACGCGAUUACUCUGUGCCUCUGUCUGCUGACAUGAAUAUACAUAAAGUGAGAUUCAUUCAGACAAUAACUCUGAUGUGUGUGUAUGUCGUGUGUUUAUUGAUUAUGAUACAAUGACUCAGAACAGAUUGAUUUCAUGACUCGUCAGUACAGGAACACAAAUUCAAACUAAACAAUCAACUCAUGCAAGAGGCGUUACUGUUACACAAGCUGAUAUGAAUUUGACCAAAACUUGACUCUUUCAGACACUUUAUAUUGCACACAUCUGUUUAUUUAGCAGUGUUAGAUGUAUGUGCAAAAAUGAAAGUGCUUCUUUUAAAAGAACCAAGAGAUGAUGAAAAUGGAGCAGACCCUUAUAUUAAGGAACUCUCCUCAUAUGGACACACAGCUGAUUUAAUUCCUGUGCUGUCUUUUACAUUUGUGUCUUUGAAUGAGCUGUCAGAGCGGCUUUUUCAGCCCGAGAGGUUUGGAGGUUUGAUCUUCACAAGUCCUCGAGCCGUUGAAGCUGUAAGGAUCUGUUUAGAGAAUCACAAACACGAAUGGGACACAGUAAAAGAAAAAUGGAAUUCAAAGUCAGUUUAUGUUGUUGGAAAGACUACAGCAUCUUUAGUUUUAGAUUUGGGUCUGAACCCGGUGGGUGAUGAUACUGGUACUGCAGACCGACUGUCUUUACUGAUCCUACAAAGAGAAAAUCCUCAUAUUCUGCCCCUCUUCUUCCCCUGUGGGUCCAUCAAGCGUGAGGUUCUGCCCACAGCUCUCAGAGAGAACAAUGUUCCUCUGGAAACGCUGACCGUCUAUCAAACAUCUGAACAUCCGGACCUGCAGAAGAACAUCGCUGAUUAUUUUUCUCAGCAGGGCGUUCCCGCAAGUGUGGCGUUCUUUAGUCCAUCAGGAGUGAAGUUUUGUGUGGAUUUGAUGAAGAAACUUUCUGGGUCUCAGCUGGACCAAAUCAAGUUUGUGUCCAUUGGACCGAGCACAGCGGACGCACUGAAGUCUCACGGACUCACGGUCAGCUGCUGCGCUGAGAAACCUACAGCCAAACACCUCGCCAGUGCCAUCUCACAGAUCCUAAUGACCUCUGACCCCUCAGUCCUGAACAGAUGAAACAAGACGAGACGAGAUGUCUGUGGAGUUUAGAAAAGUUUUGCAUGAGUUAUGUCCACAGUGUGAGAACUGACAUUUUCACUAAAUAAAAAACACGUUUGGGUUUGUCAUCAUGACAGAAAAGAACUGUGGGAAUAUAAUAAGUUAUAUUUCACAAUAUAUAAAAAUUAUAUUUCAACAAAGAAUCAAGAAAAAUGCAGCCGGUUUUUUAUUAAGAUUUGCAUUUGUUGUUGUUGUUAUUAUUAUUGGAGUAUGAUAGUGAUAUUUUGUAUGAUAGAAUGACUUUUCUGGUUAAAAAUCAUAAAAGGCUGAUUUUUCUUUAUCCAAAAUGUUUUCACUGUGAUUCUGUGGUUUGACUCCUGCACCCCAAAAAUGUUUAGAUCUGUGUUUAAUGUUGAAUGUAAGUGAUUGCUUUAGUGUGAACUUUAUGUUGUUUUCUUUAAUACCUUUUUGAAUAAGGUUCAAAGAGAUUACAUUAAUUAUAUCCAUAAAAUAACUAAAAAUUCAUUUGACAAAACUGUGUUA